GUUUAAUCCGCCCUCUUUUGCUUUUCUUAAGGAACUGGAAAUGACAAGCCUCGAGUCUGUUGUUGGUUAAAACACAGCUGUGUUGGAGCUACAUAAGCAUAAUAAAGCAUCAACCUACAGACAUAUUAGCAGGCUAUUAGUAAACUUGCAAGCAUUCUGUUGAGCUGCUCUGACUCGUCUGCCAGCGUUAAAGCAGGAUAACCGGCUGUGGAAUGGCUUUGCUGACCUUGCACAGAACGCCAUCUAUUUCCACGACACCGGAUGAGCUUAUUCCAAGAAGAGGACGACUUCAGAAAAGAGAAAGUUUUGCCCUGGUUAAGGGGGCAGUGCUCCUGGUGGAAGAGGGAGAGAGGGAGGGAUUGCAUGAAGAAACCGUACCCUCUCUGCUAGGUCCUAGGCAAGGAGGCCGAGCGUCUGACACUCAGCGCAGACAUUUGCAUGCAAUGAUUUCGUUACUACGACCUGAAGACACUGUCAAACUGGCUGUGCGUUUGGAGUCAGUGAGCCUAGUCAGAGUGAGGUAUUUGCUUAUAGUCGGCACGCUUAACAAAAAACAGGAGAGUCUACUACUUGGCAUGGACUUCCCAGGGUCAAACAGUGAUGAGUGCACUAUUGGACUUGUCUUGCCAAUAUGGAGUGACACACAGGUUUACCUUGAUGGAGAUGGAGGUUUCAGUGUGACAUCUGCAGAAGUGACACGAAUCUUUAAGCCUGUGUCCAUUCAGACGAUGUGGUCAGUGUUGCAGGCGCUGCAUGGCUGCUGUGAACGGGCCGUGCACGGGGCUGUCAUACCAGGCUGCGGGCUGGAGUGGGCACAACAUUACAGAGAGAACGUGGAAUCUGACCAGCACUGCCUUAAUGAAUGGGCGGCCAUGACUGGCCUGGAGUCAGUCAGGAGGGACACAGGAGCACGUUCAUCGUUGAAUCGCGAGUCAGUGGAGAAGGAGAUCAAGGCCCAACUUCGAGAUAUCAUGAGGACUGAGGACUUGGAAAAUAUUACCUCAAAGCAGGUGCGAACAGCCCUGGAGUCCAGAAUAGGCAUAGACAUGAAGGACUACAAAGAGUAUAUUGACAAUGAGAUGAUGGUCACAAUGGCACAGAUGGACAAACCUUCCAGAAUCUUGGACUACCUUUACUUGGGGUCCGAAUGGAAUGCUGCCAACUUUGAAGAACUACAGAAGAACAAUGUGGGCUACAUCCUCAAUGUUACCAAGGAGAUUGACAACUUUUUCCCAGAAUCCUUCACCUAUAUGAAUAUUAGAGUUUACGAUGUGGAAGCGACCGACCUACUCUCAUACUGGAACAACACAUACAUGUUCAUCAGUGAAGCAAGGAAGAGUGGGCAGGCCACACUGGUGCAUUGCAAGAUGGGCGUCUCUCGCUCUGCCUCCACAGUAAUUGCUUACCUGAUGAAGCAGCAGGGCUGGACAUUAGACCAAGCCCUCAACCACGUGAGAGAAAGACGGUCUAUAGUGCAGCCCAAUGAAGGUUUCCUCAAACAGCUGCAUACGUACAGUGGCAUCCUCAAUGCCAGUAAACAGCGCCACAGUGCCCUCUGGAGGAAGAAGUCCAAACCAGAAGUCCGCCAGCCAUCUGUCCACAACGAAGCAGCCACAGGGAGUGAACAGGAACAGAAAGAGGAAGACUCGGAGAGCCCAGAAGAGGAAAGCAGUUACGAGGAGGAGGAAACGGAUGUCUUUGAUGAGCAUCUGGAUGAGAGUGUUCCCGACACGUCUGGGGCAGAUACAGCUACAGCUACAUCCAACCCACUUAUUACUGUACAAGAAAGUGAUAAGGUGUCAUCUAGCCCCAGCAGAAGUGGCAGGAUGGAUUUGUUCUCUCUUAUGCAGUCUAUUCAGCUUGACGAUGAGGACAGAGGCCUAGAUAAAGAGAUCACUGUCUGUCAGAGACUUUCUCCUGCGCAACGAAGGCGGAGUCAUGGAAGAAGAGGCUUGACUUAUCAGAGAGCGCAUGUUGAUGUUUCUCCUGAACCAAGCAGCAGACAGUCACAGAACACAAACCAGGAUGAAGCUGGUCUCUGAAGCACUUUAACAAAGGGGCCGUGUUAAGAAAUAUGGAGAAAGAGGAAUAUUAAAAGUGAAAAGGUGAGGAAAAAGAACACAAACAGUGAUGCUAAUAUAAGAGACACUCUUGCACAAGUCUUAUCCUUCUGAUUGUAUCAUUCCAAGUUCUUUGAGGAGUCAUCGCAGAAUAAAAUUAGGGAAUGUAUUCAUAUAGUAAUUUCACUUGGAGGCAACACAUAAAAGCACAUGGUUACAUAUCAGUGGAUAUCGCACUAAUUUUUCCCUCACCUGUCCAUCUAGCCCAAAACCUAUUAAACUGUGGUCAGUUUAGGUGGAUUGUU